UUUUGCAUCAAUUUUGAUAAAUGCAAACAUUUCACAGGGCUGUACCACAUGCAAUUAUUCUUGUUUGCUCGUAAUGGACUACCAAUAUUGAUAAUUAUUUGAAGUGAGGAUGAUAACAUAAGUUAUUUCUUCUUCACGUAAUUAUCAGUCAAGUUUUCGCAAUGGAAUCUGACACAAAGCUUGAACAGAGUUUAUCCGAACUAAAAUUAAAAAUUAAAGAACAUGACAAACUUGGACCGUACAGUGAAAUCUUGGAUGAUCCGUUUCUCAACGCGUUUUUACAAGGGAAAGGGUUUGACGUGGAUGUAGCUUUGAGUUAUGUAGAAAAGUACAUGCAUAUGAGGACGGUAAAAUAUAAGAAACAAUUGAGUCCCUAUUUACCCUCCAAGACUCGCUUACUAGAGACUGAACUCGGCCAAAUGCUACGGAACAAGGAUCAGCAUGGGAGAUAUAUUGCGGUGCUAAAUACUUAUGUCUGGAAUCCAGAAACCACCUCCGUGCAGGAAGGUAUCGCAACGCUGCUUUUUGCCCUUGAUGAAGGGAUGCGACGCUAUUUUUCCCACAAGCCGGAUGGCGUCGUCCUAAUUGUCGAUUGCAAAGACCCCACUUUCGCUAAAAUUCGAGCCGGAACGCUUCCAGUGCUCAUUGAAGUGGUCGACCUAAUCUUUAAAUGUCUUCCAGCAAGUCCAAAAGAGAUACAUUUCGUGAACGAAAACAUUUUGUAUCGCGCAACUUUAAAUAUUUUCAUGACUUUGUUUGGUAGGAAAAUAAGAGGAAGGGUCCAUAUUCACUCGUCCAAUAUGGAAUCCCUUCAUAAAUUUGUUGCGCCAAAUAUUCUGCCGAAAUCUUUAGGUGGAACUUUAACCAAUGAGGAAGCAUACGACAGCGACCUGAUAAACGGUGCUCGGGAAAAUGAUAAGUUCUACAAGGGAAUUUGGCCUUCGGACGAGUUGUAGUGCAUAUGUAUGCAUAAUUAAAGUUAAAGCAUGUUGCUUGUGCAUAUAAUACGUAUAUGUGUUAAAGAAUUAAAAAUUCUUGUAAACUAAUUAUAAACAAAAAACUUUAGUUAUAUAUACUAAAUAAUUUGGGGUGCAUUUAUACCUAAUGUUUUAGUUCAGAACUUGUAUGGAGUAUAAAUUAUAUCCGCAGAAUAUGCAUUACAUAAUCUCAUUAAAAUGAUAUGAAUACUGUAAGUACCUUUGAAAAAUAUCAACGUAGGAAACAUGUCUAAAAUUCUAAGAUAUACAUACUUCCUUGCACAUUUCUGAAAUCCAACGUCAAGCGAAUUUAAAAUUGAAAGAAUUACUGGCUGGUAAUCACGAGAUAAAUUAAUUUUAAGGAUUGGACAAUUUGUUUUUUUAAUUAUUCUGGUUGCUCGCUGUUUGUUUGCCUAGAUGUUGUAUGAAGCCCAAAUAAAUCAAAAUCUUCAUAUGCACA